AUGUCGACUUUCUCCUCCCCCCGUCCCUCCAUCACCUCCUCCCGCGCCCACUCGCCCUCCGGACGCCCGUCCCUCGACACCCUAAAUACCAACACCGGCGGCGGCCUCAGCGCAUCAUCGACACCCUCCACGGCACGAGCUCUCUCCCCCUCCAUGUACCCACGACGCAACCGCGCCGCCCUCCGCGACUACUACAACCUGAAACCCAGCGCAGCCGCAGAAGCCGGACGGCGGUCUCGCAGCGUGCCUCGGCACACAGACGCAGGGGACAUUUCAAACCCAACAGUGGUAGCGACAGGGACAGAGCUAGACAGCACGGACUUCGAUGCCCAGCGCUACGUGAACCAGCUGCUCGCGGCGUCGUCGCUCGCGACAGUGCUGAAGGCGGAGAACUCGCUUGUCGGGGACAUCCGCACGCUAGACAGCGAGCGCAAGGCGCUCGUGUACGACAACUACUCGAAGCUGAUCCGCGCGGUCGAGACGAUCGGGAAGAUGCGUAAGAGCAUGGACGAUCGGGGGGCGCCGUUGACGAUGACCAAGACGCUGGAGCCGGCUAUUGCCUUUGUGGCGGAGACGGCGGGCGGGCUGAUCCAGGAGGGAGAGGAGCAUCGACGGCGGAUGAGGGAGAUCCGUGCGUCGGGGGAGACGGAUCGGAUGCGGGAGGCGGAGAAGGCGACUGUGAAGUGGGUGCUGGGGGCGCCGGCGAGGCUGGAGGGUUUGGUGGCCGAGGGGAGACGGGAUGAUGCGGAGAAGGACUGGGAUGAGGUGGUUGAUGUGUUGGAGAAGUGGGAGGGCGUUAAGGGUGUUGACGGUGUACGGAAAGCCUGCGAGAAGGUCAUGGGGAAGAAGAAUGAGGCGUCUUGA